AUGUCAAUGAAUUAAUUCAGAAGAGUGCUCAGAGCGAACUCAAGCUUCUCUCUUCUCACUGGAGCAUCACCAGCUAGAUUCAAACCUAUUGAAUAUCAGAGCUCAAGAGUCGUAGAUCAAAGCAGAUUCGAAGAUCACCCAGCACCAACUGAGGACGAUAUGAUCAAGACCCAUUACUUGAAGCAUCAUCCACUCUAUGAAUUCAGAGACUAUCAAGAUUUUCAUGUAGAUCCCUACAGACAUUGGCUUCACGCUAGAGCUGAUUAUUGGAAUACUGAAUCUGAUCCAGCACAAAUAUCACCUUGGGAAAUGGGAUCAAAGGCCUAUCACUCGUUCUUCCUAGUAUUGCCUUUCAUCUGCUUCUACUAUCUUGGAAAUUCCUACGUAAUAUUGUUUUAUAAAUAAUCUUACUUUAGAAAUAACACUUAAAAUAAAAGAAUUGCAAAGACACAUUUCUCGUCUCUCCAAUGCUCAUCUAAGAUUAUAAUAAAGCCAGGCUCAGAUAAUAAAAUAGCAGACAUAGUAAAAUUAGAGCUCUGUAAACAUAAAAAAGACCACAUCAGUAUAAAUGACACAUCAGCUGCCUAAUAGUAUGGAAAGGGGGCAAGUACAGGAAUUAGUAAUACAAAUCAAAUCAAUAUCUAAUCACCGAUUCAUCACAAUAAUUUGAAAUACCCUCAGUCUACUGGUGUUUCCCCUUAUAUGGAAGGUAAAAAGGCUCAGCCUGUAAUUUUAACUAGUAAGGAUUUGAAUAAAGAUAAAGACACUUCGAAUAAGAUAAGAGAUAGGAAGACAAUGAUGAGUAAACAUCUAUAGGCUAGUUAUAAAAUGCAACCUGAAAAAGAGAAGAACAAUCAAAAUGACAAUAGAGUCUGCUAACAAUUCAAGGCAACAUUCAGCAUUAAAGAUGAAGAAUUAUCUUGUAAAUAAUCCCAAAUUUAAUCAAUCUUAUAGGAUUCAAUGAAAAAUCAAUAUGGAACAACUACAAGGAACAGCAUGAGUAAUACAAAUGUUAAGCACACAAAUGAAAACAGCUUAUCUAGAGUUUAAAUUUAGCAAUCGCAUACAAUAUUCGGGAAACCAUCUCAUGAUGAUAGUAUACAGUAAGAUCAAAACUAAUAUGGAUAAACAAUGAAUAACUCUUAAUCUAAGGGACUACUUGAGACUGUUUCAGAUUAAUUAAAUGGUAAAAGAUUAAGCUCUGGCUAUGGACUUUUAUUGAACAAAUAAACUAGUAUGAUAGAUGAAAUAGCUCCUUUGUAAGAAGUUUAAAGUGCAAAAAAGGAUUUGAUAAGAAGAGAUCGUAGUGAGUCUAGAUCUCGGAGGCUUAAUUAAUUAAAUGCUGGAGAUAAGCUAUAGUUUCUGAAAGAAUGUGCAAACAUCUAAAAUCUAGUUAGAACUAGUGUUUAAAAUCUCUAAAAAAUCAUUAGUGAUGUUGGAGUUGAUACUUCUGUCAUGAAUGAGACUGGAACAACAGUUUAAAAUGUUGUUAGGAAAAGUUCUUACUCCCCUUCAAAGAUAUGUUCGACAUUAGAGGACAUUAAUUAACUAGAAAAUGAAAUUAGAAUAGCCUAACAAAAGUAGAUAAUCUCAAAUUUUAUGUUAAAAUGUGCAUUGAAACUAAGACUUUAAAAAAAAUUAAGGAUUUUAUCUCGAUUUAAAGUGAAUUUACUCGCACUUUAUAAAGGAUGGAUCAUAAGAUAAAAGAUUUUUAAGAGCUUCUUGAUUAAAUAAUUGAUAAAAGACGUCAAAAAUUUAAGGACAUUGAACUAGAAGGAAUCAGCUCAAGAUAAAAUUUGCAUUCUAAUAGAUAAGAUCAAUGAAUAAUUAAUAACCAAAAGAUAUAUGAGAAAAAUGAGGAAUUCUGAAUCAGCUGCAAGCCUAUUUGGGAAGAGAUUAAUGAAUCAGCAGGUAUAACCUUAAUAAAAUUCUGGAACAUAAUCUUCCGUCUAUCAAAGUGCAACUGAAAUUCAUGAACUUAAUGCUGUUGUUAGACUUAUUGAUAAUUAGCCUUCAAAUGAGAAUUCUUAAUCUUCCUAUGAAGUAAUUUCAAUAUCUUAGAAUAUUCAGGAUGUCUUGAUCGAUAAUUAGAUAGUUACUCCAUUAAUUAAUAAUCCUAACAAUCUUUAGCUUUCUUAGCAUUAAGAUUUCGGUCUGGCUGCUGAGAUUUAUAGAAGAGAGUAUAUUUUAAGCACUCAUGGAAGAUCAUAGGAGGCAUCAUUUGUCAUUGAUGAGGUAGAUGAGGAGACUAACUAUUUAGAUACUUCAUAAGAUCUUUAGAAAACUUAAGCCUAUAAUGGGGCAAAGAGUGGUAAAAUAACUAGUAUGCAAUUCAAUAUGAAUCCAGAUUCUGCUUAUAAAAAAUCGAGUACUUCAAAAGGCUACUCAAAGCCAACAGCUCAGAGCUCAAAUAAGUCAAGUGCUUUAAAUCAAAAUAAAUUUCUAUAAAGGAAAGAUUAAUAAGCACUCAAGACAUCUGUUUAUGUAGAUCAUUUAAAGAACUAAAGUAAGUUUGCUUUAAUUAGAUUAUUUUCAUUUUUAGGUUCUGAAAGAUUAAUGAUGCAAUAAACUAGAAGGAUGAUGACGCCAAAGCAAGAUAUUAAAAGAUCGAGUCUUAAUACACCCCAACAAAGAUAAAACUUAUAUUAAGGAAGGUCAAGUGUAACAACGAAGAAUAAACAAGUAUUGCAAAGCAGUAAAAAUCUUGAAAAUCAAAAGUAGAUCUUGAGUACUAUUAGUGAUUUCAAGGAGUAGUCUUAGUAUCUGAACUGUGAUAUUGAUCUAGGUGAGACUUAGGAAUUCAAAGCGGUUGAUGAGAACACUUCCUUAACGAGAAUCCCAUAAUCAAAAAGGCCUUAAUCAAAGAUUGACUGUUGGAGAAGAGAUAUGAGUAGAAUAUCAAUUAGUGAUUCAUAGUAGCAGUAACUUGCUAAUGUUCCAAAGUCCCCAACAUCUUUCACAAUCAAUAAUAUGAGUGACAUCAAGCAUCUUGCAAGUAUCAAUGAAACCUAGGACUUAACUCCUAAAAAUGAUAAUGGAAACAUCGACAUUGAGAGCUAUGAUAAUAUACUAAACAAGAUGAAAAGCCUAUUUGAUCAGCUAAAAAAUAGAAAUGGUCAUGAAGAUGACUUAAAUGAGAAAUAGAGUGUCAUUUAAUUGCAAAGGAGAGACUGCAAAAUAUCCCUUGAGAAAUGUAUAAUAGAUCUAAGAAGAGAAUUCGAUUUGCUUUGUUUAGAAAAAUACGGAUAAUGUGAUUGA